CAGCUCCAAACAGACCCCGCCUCCUCCUCAGUCACUGCAGAGUCCUAGACCUGCUUCUUUUACGUUCCCAUAACCUGCCAGUGCCUGAAAGGAGAAGACAUGGGGGCUCUUCCACCAGAGGCAAAAGGACCCUGGGUCCAACUCCAAACAUUUCUGACCUCCUGGCUGGUCAGAGAGCAAGACUGGGAUCAGCAGGUGGACGAGGCCCAUAUGCUGCAGCAGAAGAGGAUUCGAGAGUCUCCACUGCUUCAGGCAGCCAAGGAAAAUGACCUGUGUGUCCUGAAGAAUCUUCUUCUGGACCGAGCCUGUGACUUUCGACAAAGAGGAGCUCUGGGGGAAACAGCGCUACAUAUAGCAGCCCUCUAUGACAAUCUGGAAGCUGCCAUGGUGCUGAUGGAGGCUUCCCCAGAGUUAGUCAAGGAACCCGUCAUGUGUGAGCCAUUUGUAGGUCAGACUGCACUGCAUAUAGCCGUCAUGAACCAGAACGUGAACUUGGUGAGAGCCCUGCUUGCCCACGGGGCCAGUGUCUCUGCCAGGGCUACAGGCACAGCUUUCCACCACAGCCCCCACAACCUCAUCUACUUUGGGGAGCACCCGUUGUCCUUUGCUGCCUGUGUGGGCAGUGAGGAGAUUGUGCGACUGCUCAUUGAGCAUGGAGCUGACAUCCGGGCCCAGGACUCCCUGGGAAACACAGUGUUGCACAUCCUCGUCCUCCAGCCCAACAAAACAUUUGCCUGCCAGAUGUACAACCUGCUGCUGUCCUACGAUGGGCAUGGGGACCACCUGCAGUCCCUGGACCUCGUGCCCAAUCACCAGGGCCUCACCCCAUUCAAGCUGGCUGGAGUGGAAGGCAACACUGUGAUGUUCCAGCACCUGAUGCAGAAGCGGAAGCAUAUCCAAUGGACAUAUGGGCCACUGACCUCCACUCUCUAUGACCUCACGGAGAUCGACUCCUGGGGAGAGGAGGUGUCCUUUCUAGAGCUUGUGGUCUCCUCCAAGAAGCGGGAGGCUCGCCAGAUCCUGGAACAGACCCCAGUGAGGCAGCUGGUGAGCUUCAAGUGGAAGAAAUAUGGGCGGCGGUACUUCUGCAUGCUAGGUGCCUUGUAUGUACUCUACAUGAUCUGCUUCACCAUGUGCUGCAUCCAUCGCCCUCUCAAGUUCCGUAGUGACAACCGCACAAACCCCCGAGAUAACACUAUCCUCCAACAGAAACUACUACAGGAGGCCUAUGAGACUCAACAGGAUAAAAUUCGGCUGAUAGGGGAGCUGGUGACCAUCGUCGGGGCAGUGAUCAUCCUGCUCCUGGAGAUCCCGGACAUCUUCAGGGUUGGUGCCUCUCGCUAUUUUGGACAGACUGUCCUUGGGGGGCCAUUCCAUGUCAUCAUCAUCACCUAUGCCUCCCUGGUGCUAGUGACCAUGGCGAUGCGGCUUUGCAACAUUAAUGGGGAGGUGGUGCCCAUGUCCAUCGCCCUGGUGCUGGGCUGGUGCAGUAUUAUGUACUUUGCUCGAGGAUUCCAGAUGCUGGGUCCCUUCACCAUCAUGAUCCAGAAGAUGAUUUUUGGAGACCUAAUGCGUUUCUGCUGGCUGAUGGCUGUGGUUAUUGUGGGAUUUGCCUCAGCGUUCUUUGUCAUUUUCCAGACAGAAGACCCAAACAAUCUGGGGCAUUUCUAUGACUACCCCAUGGCACUGUUCAGCACCUUUGAACUUUUCCUCACCAUCAUUGAUGGGCCUGCCAACUACGACGUGAACUUGCCCUUCAUGUUUAGCAUUGUCUACUUUGCCUUCGCCAUCAUCGCCACACUACUGAUGCUGAACCUGUUCAUUGCCAUGAUGGGUGACACACACUGGCGGGUGGCUCAUGAGCGGGAUGAGCUCUGGAGAGCCCAGGUCGUGGCCACCACAGUGAUGCUGGAGCGGAAGCUGCCUCGCUUCCUGUGGCCUCGCUCUGGGAUUUGUGGGUGCAAGUACGGGCUUGGGGACCGCUGGUUCCUGCGAGUUGAGAACCACCAUGAUCAAAAUCCUUUGCGAGUGCUUCGCUAUGUGGAAGCUUUCAAGAGCUCAGACAAGGAGGAUGGACAAGAGAACCUUUCUGAGAAACAGCCCUCUGUGGUUGAAAGUGGGACCCAAGCCAGAGCCUGCCUGUUUCUCCCAACUCCCUCCCUGUCCCGGAAUACAUCCCGCAGCAGCAGCAGUCACCGGGGCUGGGAGCUCCUUCGUCGUAACACCCUUGGACACUUGAACCUUGGACUGGACCUUGGAGAGGAGGAUGAAGAGGAAAAUGUCUAUCAUUUAUGAUUAGGAUCCCUAUUAUUUUUCACCUGACUCCAGGGGGACCUUGGGUG